AUGAGAGCUCGCUGGGGACUGCUGGCUCUCGUGGCUGCCGUCGCGGUUGCCGAGAACGGUCUCAGUGGCUGGCUGCGAUACGCACCGCUGCCCGACGGUCAGCGACAGCAAUAUGCAUCGUCACUUCCGUCCCACAUUGUCGCCCUGAACUCGACCAGCACGAGUCCCGUCUAUACGGCUGGACAGGAACUUCAGGACGGAAUCCAACGGAUCUUGGGGCGAAAGCUCAAGAUUUCACAGGAGCACUCGGCCUGGACUUCAUUUAACUCGUCCUUUGUCUUGGUCGGCACGCUCUCGGCAUACGACAAACUUGGUAGCCAGAACCUCAGCACUGAUCUUGUACCCGAUGGCUUCUGGCUCAACAUCAAGGGCGGCGCUGUGACCAUAGUUGGCCAGAAUGGGCGAGGUGCACUAUACGGCGCGUUCGAAUACCUGUCGAGGAUCGCCCAGGGAAACUUUGCCGAUGCCGACAUUGUAUCAAACCCUGAUGCUCCCAUCCGCUGGGUCAACGAAUGGGACAACAUGGACGGCACCAUCGAGAGGGGCUAUGCAGGACGUUCUAUCUUCUUUGCCAACGGCUCGGUUGCCACCGACCUGACCCGAGUGUCACAGUAUGCCCGCCUGCUCGCCUCAGUUCGCAUCAACGGCAUUGUCGUCAACAACGUCAACGCCAACCCCCGGAUGCUGACCAACGAGACCAUUGCCGGCCUGAAGCGCAUUGCUGAUUCCAUGCGUCCGUACGGGGUUAGGGUGGGCAUCUCGCUCAACUUUGCUUCUCCGGGACCCGACGGGCUGAAAGAAACCGCCACCUUUGACCCCCUAGAUCCGACCGUCAUUGCUUGGUGGGAAGCAAAGACGAACCAGAUUUACCAGCAAAUCCCAGACUGGGCGGGAUAUCUCGUCAAGGCCAAUUCCGAGGGGCAGCCCGGGCCCCUGACAUACAACCGCACGCUCGCUGACGGCGCGAAUCUGUUCGCCCGGGCUUUGCGGCCCCACGGUGGCAUCAUCAUGUUCAGGGCCUUUGUCUACAACUCCAACAUGAACCCGGCCGUGUGGAAAGAUGACAGGGCCAACGCUGCCUACGACUUCUUCAAGGAGCUGGACGGCGAGUUCCUCGACAACGUCAUCGUCCAGAUCAAGUACGGGCCCAUCGACUUCCAGGUCCGAGAGCCGGCGUCGCCGCUGUUUGCCCACCUGCCAAACACCAACGCGGCCAUCGAGCUCCAGAUCACGCAGGAAUAUCUGGGUCAGCAGGACCACUUGGUUUAUACACCGCCGCUGUGGAAGACCAUCCUGGACUUUGACAUGAGGGUCGGCGGCAAGCCCUCUCUCGUCCGCGAUAUUGUCUCGGGUCAGCGCUUCAACCGGACUCUCGGCGGGUAUGCCGGCGUCGUCAACGUUGGGACUAACCCGAACUGGCUCGGCAGCCACCUCGCCAUGUCAAAUCUGUACGCCUACGGCCGCCUGGCCUGGGAUCCCACAGGAGAUGUUCAGUCUCUUCUGCAGGACUGGAUCCGCCUCACGUUUGGGUCGGAGCCGAGCGUGGUCAAGGUCAUCACGGAUAUUUCCAUGGCGUCGUGGCCAGCCUAUGAGAACUACACGGGCAACCUCGGCAUUCAGACGCUGACCGACAUUCUUUACACACACUUUGGCCCCUGUCCGCAGUGCCAAGAGAACCGAUGGGGCCAGUGGACGCGUGCCGACAAAAGCACGAUCGGCAUGGACAGAACCGUGUCCAACGGCACCGGCAACUCGGGCCAGUAUCCUCCCGAGGUGGCCGCCGUGUUUGAGAAUCUCGAGACGACUCCCGACAACCUCCUCCUGUGGUUCCAUCACGUCAACUACACGCACCGCCUGCACUCGGGCAAGACAGUGAUUCAGCACUUCUACGACGCCCACUAUGACGGCGCGGCGGCGGCACAGACGUUUGUGCCGGCGUGGCAGUCGCUGCAGGGCAAGGUAGACGGGGCACGGUUUGACGACGUGCUAUUCAAGCUGCGGUUCCAGGCGGGUCACGCGCUCGUGUGGCGGGACGCCGUCGCCGGCUACUAUUACAACCUCUCGGGCAUCGCCGACGAGGCCAGCCGGGUCGGCCACCACCCGUACCGCAUCGAGGCCGAGAGCAUGGCGCUCAGCGGCGGCUACCGGCCCGUGGCCGUCGACCCGUUCGAGGCCGCGUCGAAUUCCACCGCCAUCGUCGUCGGCUCGGGCCCUAACAACAAUGGGUCCGGCGAGGCCGCGACGGUGCUGGAUUUCCCCUUGGGCACGUACGACAUCGCCGUCGGCUACUUCGAUGUUGCUGGUGGUCGGGCGCACUACGGUGCCUUCCUCAACGGCGAGCCGCUGCACGAGUGGUAUGGCGAUCUGGAGGACCACCUGGGCCACGAAUUCUCGACCAAGCUCGACGCUCACUCGGCCACGCGCAUCACCAUCCCAAACGUCGACGUCAAGCGGGGCGAUGUGCUCAAGAUCAUUGGCCUGGCCGACGGGAACGAGGGGGCGCCGCUGGACUAUGUCGCGAUACUGCCAAAGGGGGUUGUCGACUAG